UUCUGUUACAUUGUAGCAAAAUGGCGACUGUCAUUCACAACCCCCUGAAAGCACUCGGGGACCAGUUCUACAAAGAAGCAAUUGAGCACUGUCGCAGCUACAACUCUCGGCUGUGUGCUGAGCGGAGCGUCCGCCUUCCCUUCCUGGAUUCACAAACUGGGGUAGCUCAGAACAACUGCUACAUCUGGAUGGAGAAAAGGCACAGGGGACCAGGCCUGGCCCCAGGUCAGCUGUACACGUACCCAGCACGUUGCUGGCGCAAAAAGAGGCGUUUGCAUCCCCCUGAGGAUUCCAGACUGAAGCUGCUGGAAAUUAAACCUGAAGUUGAUCUGCCUCUGAAAAAAGAUGGAUUCACAUCAGAAAGUACAACUCUGGAAGCCUUGCUGCGUGGAGAGGGAAUAGAGAAAAAAACGGACACUAAAGAGGAAGACACUAUACAAGAAAUCCAGAGGGUUUUAGAAAAUGAUGAAAAUGCAGAUGAAGCGAAUGAGGAAGAGGAUCUGGAAGAAGAUAUUCCAAAACGAAAGAACAGGCCUAGAGGACGGGCUCGGGGAUCUGGAGGUGGCAGGAGACGGAAUGAUGCUGCCUCCCAGGAUGAUCAUGACAAACCCUAUGUCUGUGACAAUAGUUACAAACAAAAGCAUAACUCAAAAAUCUCCGACAAAGUCUGUGGCAAGCGUUACAAGAACAGGCCUGGGCUGAGCUACCACUAUGCUCACACCCACCUUGCCAGUGAAGAGGGUGAUGAAGCCCGCGAGCAGGAGACCCGCUCUUCCCCUGUCCACAGAAACGAAAACCACAAACCCCAGAAAGGACCAGAUGGGGUCAUCAUUCCCAAUAACUACUGUGACUUCUGCCUCGGAGGCUCCAAUAUGAACAAAAAAAGUGGCCGGCCUGAGGAACUUGUAUCGUGCUCAGACUGUGGGCGCUCUGGACACCCGACCUGCCUGCAGUUCACCACAAACAUGACUGAGGCUGUUAAAACCUAUCAGUGGCAGUGCAUUGAGUGCAAAUCCUGCAGCCUUUGUGGGACCUCUGAGAACGAUGACCAGCUGCUCUUCUGUGAUGACUGUGACCGUGGCUAUCACAUGUAUUGCUUGAAUCCACCAGUCUUUGAGCCCCCAGAAGGGAGCUGGAGUUGUCAUUUGUGCCGGGAGCUGCUCAGAGAGAGAGCAUCAGCUUUUGGCUUCCAGGCCUGAGGAGCUCCAGCAGUCAAGAAACACUUUGCUCCUGGUGUUGCCAUACCAGCACACAAUUCCCAUCCAGAACACAAAGACACAACCCACAUCAAAACGAACGGACACUCAAAUACAGGAAGAGGUAUCUGUGGUAUUCACUGUCACUAAUGCCAUACCUCCUGGGCUCUACUAGAAGGAUCAUGUACUUUCCCAGUGCUCCGGAUGAAAUCUCUUCACUGCUAUGCAUGGUUGCUGCUUACCAUUAAGGGCUCACAUGCUUUAUAGAAGGGGGAGGGUUGUUAUAUCGACAUGGAGAAGUCAAUUUUGUGUGGCCUUGUGUUUUCUGUUUCAUCUUCUUUUUAAAGAAGUAAGAUAUCUCCCAGGGAAUUAUUGGUGAGUACUUCAGCUGGGAGCAGCACCAGUUGUUUCUCUUCACAGGCAUGACUGGAAAUGUCUUUACUGCAACCACUCUGUAUUCGCAGGGGGGCUUUGUGAGUUGCAUUAGUUCAAUACUUCCCAGGUCAUCAACAACGUGUUGUCACUGAGAGAAGCGCUGAUCAAAAUUUUUGGGGGUGACGCUUUGUCCCUUGGAUCAAGUGCUUUGAUUUGGCAGCUCUUUAGAAAUCUGGGUUUAGUAUCUCUGAAGGAAGAACAGUACCAGUAUGUACACACACACACAUGCUUAGAAAAGCCUACCAUCUUUGGCAAUUCAGGAUAUUCAGGCACACGGUCCCACUGUAGUGCCAGCAUACAGUCCAGACUCAUCAUUUUAUUUUUGUUCGGAAAAUCGCAAAUGGUUAUGUAUGUAACUGACUUGCUGUUUAGCUCAGAAAAUUGAACAAAAGAAAAACAUCAUCUUAAGUUGACCAUAGAAAGUGAAAUUGUCAGUUUUCUGAGCAAUCUAAAGUAAGCUUCAAAAAGGAACAACUUUGGCUUAGGGUCAAAUGAAGCACUUUUGAUUAAUAUUUUAAAAUUUCUAAACUAAAAUGUUCUGCAGCUUAAAGUUGCAUUUUAUUCCAGGAAUUGCCUAAUCAGGACUUCCAGCAUUUCCAAAGUGUUACUGUUUUUUAUCAAAGCAAUUAUCAAGAUCUAGCUGAAUUUUCAAAUAAUUUUGCCCCCAAAUUCUCUACAACCACAUUUUUGGCAAACAUGAUAAUUUGUCAGAAAACAUUCCCCAGCUCUAUAGGAGGGAAUAAUUUACUGAACCUAAUAUGAAAAGAAAGAUUUUCAUAAUGAUUUUAAAAUUUAAAUAGAAAUAGUUGUACUUUAUUUAAACAAACCUCUACAUGUGAAAUGAAGAAACAUUAAGCAAGAGCAUCAGUUGAAAAAAUAUUAUUACAGUUGAGUCUCUUUGAAUAAUUUAAGACAUCACUAGGAGGACAAGUGAGUACAUUAAAGAAUUUCUACCAGAUACAUCUUUAAGGUUAAAAACCUGCAACUCCCCGAACUGCCAAGUAGCCCAGAAUGACCAUUUUCUUGGAUAUGAUGUAUAUUACUUUUUAUGCAUAGAUUUAAGUGGGUUUAUAAUAUAGAUUUAUGAAAGUCCCAAGCAGCAUGUGACUCGAGUUGCUUGUACAAGUAGGUAGACACUGAAGAUUAUAUUUGGCAUAUUUAUAUUGGUUGAAACUUUUCUGCAAAAUUAAAUGUCCCUGAACACUUGAAAGGACAUUGUGAAAGAAUAUUGGUGAGCUAAUUUUUCUUCCUUCUCCUGCUAAUUACACUUAGUUAGAAUGACCUAUACUGACCUAAUGCACUUUCCCUCAUUAUUUAGGUAGUUUCUUCACCUUUUGCAUUUUGUUCAGCUUGCACGCUGAAAGUAGCCAUGUCAGCUGCCGGAUUCUCCCACAUACUGUUGCACCCUCUUCUCAGGCUGCAGCAGGAGUAUUUUAACCUGCUAGAAAAAGAUUUAGAAAGUAUUUUUCCUAGUCAUAUUGGACCAAAUCUCUCCUGGAGCAGCUGCACUGGCUACCUGUGAAAUUCAUUCAAUACCUUAUGCUUUCCAUGUGACAGCCCCUCAGACAAACCGAGAGUACAAAGAAAUUUGAGCAUCAGGUGCGGGGAGGGUAAAGCGGGAGCCCAUGGACCUGCGUUAGGUGUCUGGUACCUGUUGGGACAAAGCUCUAGAAAAAAUGUAAAAUGAAGGGUCUUCCUCCCACUCUGGAACUGCCCUGGCCCUGGGGAGCACUUGGGGGCCACAGCUCAUCCCCGUGAGCAUUUGCACCCAUCUGUUGGUGUGGUCUAACCCUGCUGACCUGGCGCUUUGGGACCAUCUCAUGGUUCAGGCCAAUACAAAGUCCUGUUGCUGCUGUGGCCAGGAAUGCAAGUAUGUAUUCACCAGAGACACCGCUGGGCUCUCUCGUGGAAAGCAGGUGUUUUGGCUAGAGGGGCUGGAGCUGAGAACUGCGUGCGCUGGAGGAAAGUUUUAUGGUGGUGCUGGUGGUGGGAGCAGCAGAGGUGGGUUAGUGUUUGGGCUGGUGCUCAGCUACCAGUCCUGCUGGGCUUAGGGAGCUCCAUCAUAAAAAUGGCCAUCACCUUCCAGUUUCCUGGUAUUUGCAUUGGCCUUGGGAAAGGAGUAGGACAAUGUCUGCAUUAUCAGAUGGAGAGGAAAAUGCAUAUUGUUUUAGCCUGCGUGUUAAGCAGACAGUGGUGGCUCAUCGUGAAAGUGUCAGGUAGCCCUGUUGGUGGGACCAGCUGGUGCAGAAAGUAGUGCUCUCCAUCCCUGUGACAGAGACAUUGCUAAAUGAGCUGUGCUCUGCACUCACACCUGCUUUUCUAUUUUGUGGUUUGAUCCAUAGUGCUGACUGUUUUCUCCUCCCACAACCACUCUGCAUUGAACAGUGUCUUUCAUGUUUGGAAAUAUUCCUCAGUGGCCUUGCUGAAGUUUCAUCACUAAUGAGGUAUGACGGAAGCAGAGAGUGCUAGAUCUUCAGUGGCAAAAUGUUGUUUGCCAUUUGAGAUCAGUAUAAUAGGGUACUUACACACAGUGGUCCGGCUGCAUUUCGUCUCUCCAGCUUUGUGCUAUGUCGCUGUGUAGCCAGGCAGCUCCAGGUGACUUUGGCAGCAGAUGAGAUGCAAGCUCUCCCACAUUGAGAACUUCCUCCAGCUACAGUCUCCCUUCUUCACUAGCUCGCUCUAAGAUAAGGGGCUGGGACGGACCUCUCAGUGACGUUUUAGCAUGCGUUCAGAGUCAUACGUCUCAGUGCACUUCAGAAAUAUUAAUUGAUCCACCAAGUGAACAAUGCUGUACCCGCUUUACCAAGAUGUGGAGAGGUUGUGGCACAGCCAUGGGGGUGAGGCAUAGGAGUUUAGAAACUCUGGUAACUGAUUCCCUGUCACCUGGUACUCCCAGGGGACAGCCUUCCUGCAUGACCGCUGGGAUGAACGACACCAUCCACUCUCAGGCAAGUCUUGAGACCGCUCGUAGCAGUGAUCUGGUCUGGGCAGUAAACGACGUGAGGACUCUGGCUCUGGAUGCUCCUUUCUCUCUUGCUGUGGCAGGACGUGCAAGUUGGGUGGCAGCCCCUGAGGUGACCAAACUCUGGCGUAUUUCAAAACUCUUCUGAGUAGGCAAGGCAAGUAAUAUUUUAGCACAAAUCAGGGCAAACUACCAGGGGAGAUAGUAGAUCCUGCGUCCCUUGAAGUCUUCAAAUCAAGAAUGGGCAGCUUCCUAGAAGAUGUGUUUUAAUUAAACACAAUCUUAGUUAAUCACAGGAACGUCUGACUGAAAAAGGCUUGUGUUAUAGAGGAAGUCAGGCUGGAUGAUGUAAUUGUUCUUCCUGUCCUUAUUAUGAAAACAGAUGUUUACUGUGGGACAGGAUGUAUUUAAAUACAAGCUGUGUCUGCAUAAUGGCCUUCAAGUACGUUAGUUUAAACGUAUUCAUGUGCUCCUUCUCAUUUUUAACCCAUUUUGGCUAACGUAAAAAAGGUCAGUUAUAGUAAAUUACCUUUACUGAUGCAGUAAAUUGUGCAUUACCUCCUUCACGCCCAUGAUGGCAGCUACAUUGGUGUUAGCUACCUCAGGCUGUUCCUGAGUUUGAACGAUUCAGACUAUAUCGUGUAAAACCACGGCUUGGUUCUGGCUUUUCCUCCAUCAUGUUUGUGUGUUGUGUUGCCCAGUUUUCUGCCCCAUGGUGGGAAGGCUGGCUGGGGAGGGGACCUGCUGUGGUGGCAGCCUCAGAAACCGGAGGGGUGGAGAAACGGCCAUAAAAAGGGGGUGCAUCCAAGUCAUACCACUGAGGAGGUGAGCUCACGUUACCAUCACAGAGCCUCCCCUGUAGCUUGGAAAAGGCAACACCUUUACGAAACAUGAGAUGGGUCCCAUUCUGCCUCCAAACUGUACUUCCAUAGAUGUGCCUUUGGACAGAGUGUACAGCAUUUCUGUAAAGUUACCUUAGGCCAGUUCUUGAGCUAGGAAAGCCACUGUUAAGUGUGUUAUUUUGAAGCAAAUGUUGCUGUAAAUAACUUUGAAAUGAUUAUUUCUCAGCUUUCUUUAAAAGGAGCUUAGUAAAUUCUGCCCCAAAGGAAGACUCUCCCGCAGUGUGCAGUGUGCAGUGUUAUGGGGCUGUUGCAUGUUCUUUACACCUACAGCGUGUGUUUUGACAGGGGUCAUUUGGGAGGUAAGGAGUGGAUGGGGGUAGAAAACAAUAUUAAUUAAGCUUGUCACUGCCGGAGGGAUAGUGUGUAUUGUGUGCAAGGAAAUUCCAGGUAGAGCUGGGCAUGAUUUUUCUGUGUGGAAUAAAUUUAUUUUUAAAAAAUGUGGUUUUGAGAGAACCACAAUUAUUCACAUAUCCAAGUUCAAUCUGGCAAAUUAUUUCAUACAAAAAAUAUGGGGGGAAUAUUGGAAGAGCUGAAAAUGCUUGUUUCAAUCUUUUUAGAAUGAAUCACUUCAAUAUUUGACUU